AUGGUCAACGUGGGUUCGAAGCUGGUGACAGAACGGACUGCUACAGCACGAGCAAAGGUUUUUGUGGGACCCGAACUGAUGAAACUCAUACGAGAAAAUGGCCUGAAGGUACUUAGCGUUGCUCGCCUGGCGGGAAUUGUGAGGUCCAAGCAGACGUCCAGCCUUAUCCCUCUGUGUCAUAACAUAUCUUUAUCCUCUGUGGCUGUGGACAUUGAACUGGACUCUGCUCUCAACUGUGUGAUUAUAACUGGCACGGCAAAGUGUAGAGGGCAGACGGGCAUGGAGAUGGAAGCUCUCACUGCUGUAUCGGUGUCUGCCUUAACAGUGUACGAUAUGUGCAAAGCUGUGAGUCAUGACAUUGUGAUAUCUGAAAUAAUGCUUCUGGCCAAAAGUGGGGGAACUAGAGGAGACUUCCACCGGACAUGA